AUGUCCGUUGAAGAUGAAGGGAUAGAAGCAGAUUUUCAACACAUUGAACCGGAGAAGAAAAAGAAAAAAGCUGGAUUGGAGUCAAAACCUGUACACAUCCCAGUAAAGAAGGCUCUCAUUACGGAAAAUGGAUCAGUAAAAAAGAAAAAGAAGCUGAAGGGUCUAUCCAAUGGUAAUGAUGCCGCAUCCAAACCAGAUGUUCUUGCGGAGGCCAAAAAAGAAUUCAAACGAAAAAUCGUUGAAGACAAUGAAAAUACUCCAUCUGAAUCUGUGGUACCUCCCAAGAAGAAGAAGAAGCAUGCAGAAACUCCAGUCGCCUUAGAGCCCCCCACACCAGCCAUUUUGAAGAAGAAGAAGAAAAAGUUGAAGAAGAAGCUGGAACAAGGAAUUGCUAUUGAGGAAGUUGAUGGGAAGUGCAUGCAGGAGUUACUCGAAUCUAAGGAAGGUGGAAAUUACGAAGAGACUGUUGGUGGGAGCCAAGAUGUUGUCAAAAAGAAGAAAAAGAAGAAGAAGAAGAAGAAAAAGUUGAAGAAGAAGCUGGAACAAGGAAUUGCUAUUGAGGAAGUUGAUGGGAAGCGCAUGCAGGACUUACUCAAAUCUAAGGAAGGUGGAAAUCACGAAGAAACUGUUGGUGGGAGCCAAGAUGUUGUCAAAAAGAAGAAAAAGAAGAAGAAGUGCAGCUCCUUGUCCAUGCUCUUUGAAUUACAGAAAGUCGGUCUUGAGAAACCUUUGAAUGUCGUUCAACCUCUAAAGAAACACCUGCAACUGUCAUCAAAACCACCGGCACCAGUCAAACCUGAGGAAAAUGACGACAAAGCAGACAACUGGACCACAUCGGACGAGGAGAAAAAGAAAAAGAAGAAGAAAGUGAAGACAAUUGUUGAAGAAGCGGGACAAGAUAAACGUGAGAAGGAUGUAAAAACUGGAAAAUUGAAACAUAAGAAGAAAAAAGUGAAGAAGGCUGAUCAAUCCCUGAAGAACUCUGGGGAAGAAGGCAGUGAAGAAAAGAAGGCGGAAUUCGCUCCGAGCUCUCAAAACGUAGAAAAGUACAAGGAAUUGCUCGAACGACUGGCUUCUGUAAGGAGAGAAGAAGAG